UCCAACUUCAAACUAAAUGGUCCACAUUAGUCUCCGCUCUCUUCUUAUUUCCAAACACGCUAAUAAUUACUAAAGAACAGAAUUAUCAUUUUCUGAAACUUCGUGAUUUACUGCGCUAACCUCGCAAUUGGUUUUGUCAAUCAGCCAUCUAUACAGAAGCAGGAUCUCUGGAAUGAAUGGAUAAACAGAUCAUCGUGCCAUCAAUGGCAACAGUUUUAAAGAGGUUUCUGUUCAAAAACAGGAUUUGGUUUGAGUAGACCCGUUCCAGAAACGGUGAACGGGCUACGAUGGGGUCCCAUCUUCUCGAGAUCUUGCGCCAAGGAGUAUGGGCUUCUUUUACAGGUGGCUGGUUUCACGACCCGAGACAACCCUUAUUUAUCAACACGGUUCAUCUGUAUCUCUGGAUAUUCUUCAUGGCAUUUCCCCUCACUUUAUGUAUUUAUUUCACAUCCACUCCUACAAUUUGGUCAAUAUAUGUGGGGACCGUUGGUGUAGUGUUUUUGUGCAUCAAAGUCGUAAAUUGUCGAUUCCAUUAUUUAUUUGAUACGACGGAACCUGUCGUUGAACCUGAAAAGGAGAACGAAGGCGUGACUCUCGGCGAUGAGGAAGUCAAAGUAGUCGUAAAAACGCAGAAUCUUGGACUAAACGAAUCGGAGGGAAUAGAGCUUCAAGAUAUGACAAUGAGUAGGUCGGCUGCAAACCCUAGAUUGAGGAGUUCAUCGAUAGAAGAUACCACUGCUGACCCUCCUACAGCCACCAACCUAAAGGUUGACGUGCAUCGCAAUGAAUGUUCGUCCAGCUCGGAUAGCACAAGAAGUAGUGUGUCAUCUCAUCUCAAUAAGCCAAAUUCAAGAAACUCAAUAUGCCAGGAUGAACAUGAACUAGAUAUCUCAUGUGUAAAUGUUGGUGCUCUUGAGAGCGUAGUUAUUCAUGAUACUAAUGCGUCGAAAGCUCAAAGUCCAGUCGAGGAAGAAGAAGAUAAUCAAGACAUUUGGAUUUCCGGUGACAACAGCAAUGGCAUUAUGGAGUUAUCCCAAGUGGUACUACCAUCAUCAGACGGAUUCAAUUCUUCAGGAAAGCUUUUAUGUAAUGUUCUCAGCCUGGACUCAGGCCUACGGGAUGGAGAUGAUUGCUCAAAAUCUGAAAACAAAUUGAAACAGGCAGCAUCUUUGGAUAUGGGAUCUGUACUUUCAAAGCACGAGUCCGAUGAAAGUUGUAAGCACAAGCGCUUACAAUUUCGUCGCACAAGAAGUGUUGCUGAGACUUCAAGUUGUAACCAACACGUCGACACUCAUCCUCAUCAUAUUGUUGCAACACCAAAAUCUAGUAAACAAUCGGGAUCUCGAUCCAUUUGUGGGAGUCAAUCAGCUCAUAACUUGCAGUCAGCAGAUAAGCGGGCUGACUCGAAGCCUAUUUUCCAAAUUGGAUCUAAAGAAGAAGUUGGGAAUAACAUUGAUGAAGUCAACAAUGAACAACAGCAAAGAUUGGGAAAGGACAAGAACAAUAAAAUUGCUUCUUCAAUCCAACGCAGUGAUUCCGAGAGUAAAUCAGAAAGUGAAAGUGACGACGAGCAUGUGAGGAGCAGAACGCCAUUACUCCAAAGACAUUGUAGUUUGGAACAAAAAUCCUCAAAGGAGCAAAUACCUUUGUCGCUAACAAAGGAAAGGGAUGAUAACAAUAUCAGUGAUACAGCUGCUAGCCAUUGUAAACGAGUGUCAUUUAGCACACGAUCACUAGACGGAAGCCAACACUACUAUCAUCAACAUCAUAAGGGACGAAGCAAGUUGGACGCCAUUUCAAAAGAUCGAGAUAAUCGCUUAGGAAAGGAAAAACGACGAAAGAACAUUCAUCCUCAUAAUCGGAGUUCAGAUGUAAGAUCGUCAAAGCAAAUGUACCAGCGUAGCGAGAGUGCUGCUGAAGUCCGAAACAAUCUUAGUCAAUAUUGUUCUGGCUUGGAUAAAGAAAUAUCCAGUGUUCCUGCGUCCGUGUCAGCAGAUAACGUGGAAGAAUCUUCUUUGACAGAGAAACGAUUUGCACUGGUUCCGCAAAAUGAUUCAUUAGUAGGAUGGAAUCUCGCUGGGGGGCCAUUUUUCUCUGGCCAAUGGAUGUUUCAAGCUGUGAACGUUGCUGUAAAAGCAAUAUCUACAUCUAUGGGAGGUUCUACUGAAGAGUUUUGUGAUAACACGGAAAGCAAAAUUCAAAACUGUGAUACAGAUUCUAUUACGUCAGCAGACUCUCAAAAAAGUCAAAGUUUCUUGGGACUAACAUGGCUUUUUGCUUCAAACAACGAUUUAUCCAAAGAGCCAUCAGACGCUGAACCAUUGGUUUCGGAAGUCGGAGAAAGUCAAAAAAAUCGGGAAACUACCUCAGCAGUUACUACACCUGAAGAUUUGAGAUUCGGUGCUAUUCCAAAACGUCACACUGGGAUUCAGCCCCAUGGAAGUUGUUCUAGUGGUAGACGAGGAAGUGGUUCACGGAGAGGUGAUAGAGAAACUAGUCCACGGGUCUUGGAAAGGUUAUUGGAAGAAACUCACGAGCCCUCCCCUACAUCUUCUGCUUUUGGUGGUCUUUUGUUGGAUGAUAUAGCCACAAAUACCAACCGUCGAAAUAGAAAUGAAAAUAGGCACAGACAUCGACGGGGAUCAGGUGACCGUGAUAGUCCUGUACCGUCUGGCGCUCCAUUUCUCCACAGUGCUGCCCGGGAGUUAAAACUUCAACUAAGGUCACUUGGUCAGCAAAAUUCUUUGGAUAUUGCUGGUCCUUUAACAACUUAUCACGAUAGACUUCCCAACUCAUCAUCAUCCGGCAGAGGAAAUAUCCCAGGCACAUUUCGACCUCGAGACUCGAGGGAAGAUUCAAUGAAUUGUGCGACGGAUUUUGCCACAGGACCCACAGCAGUUAACAGGCACAGACGUUUGAUGAGACUUACACAUAGUAGAAGGUCUUUGGAAAGGCGACGAGAUGUUCCAUUCGUUUCUCCUAACGUUGGUGCAUCUGGAACUCACGUGGCCAACUCACAUGAUGAUACAACAGAAGGAGCAAUCCACUACUUUCAGGAUGAAAGAGGAAGUUGGCAUUCGUAUAUAUUUACCGAAAAAUCUCCCGCACCGAUAACGACAAUCAUAGAUGCUUCGAAUCCACUAAAUUUUCCCCCAGUCAUUAAUGAAUACCAAAAUUCUGAUAAAUCUGCUGGAAAUAUACGGUCUGAUUUUACAGCAUCUAAUACCGAACCACGUCAAAGCACCAGCUUAAAUCCUUCAGGGUGCGGUGGAAGUCAUCAUCAUCCACUUGGAAUUAAAACUCCAUCAAGUGAAUCAUGGUCAAGUGGUAGUUCAACCACAGAACUCGACACAUCCACCAACAAAAUGUAUGCAUCUUAUCGACGAAGUAAUCCGCCUCAUCACUCACGUGGUAUAUCCGGUGGGGGUGGGGGUGGUACGGUACAGAGCCUAAGUCGCGGACAAAGUCAAACUGACAGUGGGUGUCCUAGUCCGAUAGCUUCAGUUCCAUCUCUAGUAACAAUUACUCCAGAAUACAACAGCGUCUCAGCAUCUAAUUCGUCUCAUGCACUCAGCUCGACACGACUGCCGAUGCCAAGCUAUUCAUCAAUGCAGAGAUCCUGGCAAAGGAACCGGCGUGAUGUACUGCAAGUGUUGACUGAAUCCAUAAUUGAACGAAGAAGACCAGGUGGAACUUACAAUCUCGGUCAAGACCACAAUUACCACACGACUGCCCUGGGAGUUUUGGGUGGAGGAGACCGUCUGAAUUCUCAUGGUCGUGGAGGGUUUGAUCGCAACAAACAAAAGGAACAAAAAUUACCUCGUCAAUACUACAUGAUGAAACUACUUUACUUUUUCCCAAAUGCGUAUACAAAAAUUUGGUUCGACAGAUUAAAAUUAAUGGCGCUGUUUGACAGAAACCGUUCCGUAUUGGAAAACUUGUUUUGCAUUAUACUCGCGGUUGGUGUUGCCUGCCUAGGAUCGUACAUAUUACACCGAGGAUAUUAUCAGGAUUUAACAGUUGUGCUAAUGUGUUUUGUGAUUGCAAGCUGUCAGUUCUCGUUACUUUCAAGUGUACAGCCUGACGCUUCUUCCCCCACCCACGGAUUUAAUUAUUUAACGGCAUUCAGUCGCCCAAUUUAUUUUUGCCUGUGCGGAGGCUUGGUGUAUUUGACACAAGUUUUAUUGGAUAAUGGCACACACGAUUUUGAUUUAAAAUUAUAUGGAGUGGAUUUGACGCAAAAACUAUUUCUUGAAAAUAUUCAAACCGCCCUUUUAAUUAUUUUGCUCUGUUUUCCCGUCUUAUUCAGCGUUGGAUUGUUUGCUCAAAUCAACACAUUUCUCAUGUAUCUUCUCGAGCAAAUCGAUAUGCAUGGAUUUGGUGGAAACGCUACAUCAAGUUUGUCUGCUGGAAUCAUUAGCCUGUUGCGCAAUUGGAUCGCAGUGUUACUACUUUACGGUUUUGCAUAUGGUGCGAUGAGUGAACCCAAAUCAACGCAACACCUGAUGUUCUCAAUUUUCUGUGGCCUAUUGGUCGUUAUUUCGUACCAUAUGAGUCGUUGUACAUCUGACCCCAGUGUGAUGUGGAGUGUAUUAAAACAGCUUUUUUGUCCUGAAGAGGACUGUUUUGGGGAACCGCAUACAAAUGUCCCACCUCAAGAUACUGAAGACCAAGGAGAUCCUUUACCAAAAAAAUUACGAGACACUGUUAAGUCUCGUUUGUUGUCGGACGCAAUUAUUUGCACUUUCAUUGGACUGGUCAUAUUUGGACUACAUAGCAGCACUGUUUUCAGUGCUCUUCAACCAGGAUUGACUCCGACUUUGUGGAUUUUGGCAAUUGUGCUUGGAUUUUUACUUCAUUAUUUAAUACCUCAAUUUCGAAAACAACUCCCAUGCCUCCUUAUGUCUCACCCAGUUUUACCUCCUGGCGAAUAUCAUCAGUUUGAAGUCCGUGAUGCUGCAAGACUAAUGUGGUUCGAGAAAAUAUUCAUGUGGCUGUGCUUCUUUGAAAAAAAUGUCGUGUAUCCCUUAUUAUUUACGAGCGCCCUUACAGAAUCUGCAAAGAUUAUUAGUAACGACAAAUUUGGAGUUGCGUUUGGAAGUUUGAUAAUUGUCAUUACUGGUCUGAAAGCAUUGCGGACAAGUUUCUCUGAUCCUGGGAAGCACUAUUUGAUUUUGGUCUUUACGUUACUCUUUUUCAAUUUUGAUUGGAUUGGGUUAUCAGAAACCUUUCUUGUUGAUUUUUUCUUCAUGAGUAUCGCAUUUCACAAAAUGCACGAACUAUGCCUAAAACUCCAAUUCGUCAUAAAAUAUAUUUCACCGUGGCAAAUCACCUGGGGAUCAGCUUUUCAUGCUUUUGCUCAGCCAUUCAGCGUACCACAUUCUGCAAUGCUGUUUUUACAAGCAGUAGUUUCGUCAUUUUUGUCCGCCCCAUUAAAUCCCUUUUUAGGAAGUGCCAUAUUUAUAACAUCCUACGUGAGACCAAUCAAGUUUUGGGAGAAGGAUUAUAAUACUAAACGUGUAGACAAUUCCAACACCCGCUUAUCCACACAUUUAGAGAAAAAUCCAGGCGCAGAUGACAACAAUUUAAAUUCUAUUUUCUAUGAGCAUCUUACCAGAUCGCUCCAGGAUUGUUUGUGUGGUGAUCUCAUGCUUGGUCGAUGGGGCCAGGUUUCACAAGGAGACUGUUUUGUACUAGCUUCAGAUUAUCUCAACUGUCUCGUACAUGUUAUAGAAGUUGGAAAUGGUCUUGUAACGUUUCAAAUGCGGGGAUUAGAAUUUCGAGGGACGUAUUGUCAGCAAAGAGAAGUUGAAGCUAUUUCGGAAGGUGUUGAAGACGAUGAUGGAUUUUGUUGUUGUGAACCAGGCCACCCCCCUCAUAUUUUGAGUGUAAACUCGGCCUUUAGUCAAAGAUGGAUGGCAUGGGAGGUCACAGUGUCAAAAUACGUGUUGGAGGGAUACAGUAUAUCUGAUAAUUCGGCUGUAUCUAUGCUGCAAGUUUAUGAUCUCAGGAAAAUAUUAAUCACCUAUUACGUUAAGAGCAUCAUUUACUAUGCCGUUAAAGCUGAGAAACUUGAAGAAUGGUUAAAUCUGGAUACUAUUGUUACCGCUUUGAAACCCACACUCGAUAAAAAUUACGCAGAGUUAGAUCCUGUAUUUAGUGCAAAUAUUGAUUGCGACUAUGACUAUAAUAUUGCUGGAGUGACGCGAACCAGCUUUUGCCACCUCUACCUUAGUUGGAUUCAGUACUGUUUGUCAAAAAGAGAAAAGACUGUUGGAAUCGAUAGCGGAAAAGAUUCAGGACUUGUUUCCUUGUGUUUCGCCUUAAGUAUUCUUGGAAGGCGCGCAUUAGGUGUCGCAGCUCACAGUAAUGGUGUGGAAUUUUUCUUGUAUGGUCUACAUGCUUUGUUUAAAGGCGACUUUCGAAUAACGUGUCUAAGGGACGAAUGGGUUUUUUGUGACAUGGAUCUACUAAAGGGCGUAGUUUCUGCUGCUGUUAGAAUGUCCUUAAAAUUACACCAGGAUCACUUCAUGUGCCCAGAUGAAUAUGACGAUCAUAAUGCGCUGUUUGAUGCAAUUAGCUACCAUGACCAGCACCUUGUAAUUUCACAUGAGGCGAGUCCUGCUUGGCGAACGGCUGUGCUUUCUGGUACACCUGCUCUUUUAGCGUUGAGGCACGUCUUAGAUGAAGGUUCUGAUGAGUACAAGGUCAUUAUGCUAAAUAAGCGCCAUCUUAGUUUUCGAGUCAUUAAACUGAACAGAGAAUGUGUAAGAGGACUUUGGGCUGGACAACAACAAGAAUUAGUCUAUUUACGGAAUCGGGAUCCUGAAAGAGGUAGUAUUCAGAAUGCUAAACAGGCACUUCGGAAUAUCAUCAACUCAUCAUGUGACCAGCCCAUUGGGUAUCCUAUUUAUGUCUCACCGCUCACCACGUCAUAUGCAGAUACACAUCCGCAAGUUUGUUCCCUUAUCGGUGGACCCCUUAGUUUGUCCAAACUAAAAGAAGACGUCAUCUCCGUGUGGAGGCGAAUUAGACAACGUGUAGGGGAAGGAUGUUCCAGUGGAUCUGCAAUUCCUAAUCAUGAAGACACAUCAUAUGGACAUGAAGGUGUUUAUUCCAUGGCACCCACAAACAUUCCAUCCGCAGCCGUAUCGGGCGGACUAAAUUUAUCUGGAAGCCAAUCUCUUGAUGGAAGUCAAAUUGGAGGUAGCAGUGCUGGGCGAGGUUCAUUGAGCAGAGGAUUUAAUCGAGGCAGCGUUGCUUCUAACGUCUCUAAACCAUCUACCUCAACGUUGGCCAGCCUUGCAGGUUUCCUGACUGACACGAAUGGAAAUCGUGAAAAGGAUAGAGGGGAAAGAGAUGGGAAAGAAAAGGACAAAGAUUUUCGAGAGUCUAGUAGCAGAGAUCGGGAAAAGUCUACCAGCUUACAAAGAGUUCGUAUAAUUGAUGCUAAUUUGGUAUAUGACGGACUAAAUCUUGGCAGAAGAAUUGAUGUGAUUUGGCCAGAAGAGACUAUGAGAUUUAGAGGAGGUCGCUCAUAUUGGCAAAACUGGGUUCCUGAGGAUGGGAUGGAAGGCGUGUGUGUACACAAGUGGACUCCGGGACAUCGAGAUCCACAAUGUCGUUCGAUUACCGACAAGACGAUACUUUUAUUGAAAAUUGAUGACAAAUAUGUGCCAAUUCAAGAGUCUGGGGUAAUUGAUUUAGGUCACGAAGUGUGAUUUAUGGUUCAAUCACCUACGCAAUUCCCCUGUAUUCAUCACGAGAAGAUUCUAUUGUUCAUAUUUACAAGUAGCUCUUUGAUCACAAUUAAUUAACACUGCACGUGGUGUGGCAAUCCUAUCCUUCCUAUACCCAUAUCCUCACGCUCAUAUUAGAACUCCCCGUGAUCCGCCACCUAAAAUUUCCUCUGGUCCUGAAGAACAACGAAUGUUCGAAAAGUCGAAUCCUGUCCCUUAAUUUUCCUUACAUACUACAAAAUAGUGAGUCUCCUUCCCACUCCUUUAUUAAUUAACACCGCAUACGCGCAUCUACAAAUAUUUAUUGACUACCAGAAUUCUUGAUAUUUAUUAUUUUCUGCAUUAUUUAUUGAUUUUAUAAGAACGCAAUCUAUCGCAUAUUAUUAUAUUUUACAUAUAAAUCGAUGUCACGUAUUUUUUAUGGAAUACAAACUGUAUGUUGGACAUAAGUAAAUAUGUACCAGUAAUUAAACACAUUGCAAUAAAAUCUCGAGUAUAAAAUAUUC